AUGUCGCCGAGAAGUCGUGCAGGAGCUAGGAAGAACACAAUGGAUAUGACCGCUUGCGGUCGCGUAGUCUGGACGGGGAUCAGCGGGGUAUACUUGGUGAUAACAUGCUGCUUUCGCGGCGACAAGAAGGAGCAAGGGGAUAAAGGAGGUCUUGAUAUGGUGUCGGUGGUGGAGAUGGAGGAGGCUGUCGGCAUGGAGUUGGAGGAGGAGGAUACCACAUCAUCGCACCCUACGCCGUCGUCGCCAACGCCGCCCACAUCGUCGAGCCCACGCCCAUGGACACGCGCUUCCGCACCACGUCCAACAUCCUGGUUCGCCGGACCCAAGAGAUGCAACAUGGCACGCCCUGCCCUCGAGUCCGGUAGUCCCACGCUCGAUGCUUCCAUGCCGCCAUCCCUGACCAUGCCAGCGACUACGACAACGACAACUGCGUUGGAAGCCGACAGCAACGGAGUCACGGAACCAACGAAUGCAGAAGAACCGCGCACAAUUCGUCCACGCCCCGGUUUCCUCAAUCUCCGCCGCGCUGCCGAAGACUUCGCCAACAUCGCCAUCCCACACAGACGCCUUCUGCACGAGAAUAGCGGGUCUGAAGAAGAAGCGAGCCGCAUGUGGAUCCUCGAACACCCAAACAGAUACCACCACACACCAGCGGUGGUUAUCACGGUGCCUCACGACGAGCCGCCAGAAGAAUUGCGUUCACUCCAAGCCCACAUGAGCCGUCGAGAGCAUCUCCGUGAUGAGAAUGGGGAAUUGCGGACAGGCUUGCCAGUUCAGCGGAGACUGAGGUCGCGUUACCGUUUGAGCGAGGAUGGACGUGUGAUCGCGGUCCUUCCAGACUUCUAUAAGGACGAGAGUCGUGGAGCCAUCAAGCGAACGCCGAAGCCAGAGACACCCAAGGUGAAGCCGACAGGAGCGGACGACAAUGAAGACGCCUUCAGCUUCUUGUGGUUGGGCGACGCUCUGCUGGAUGAGCAAGGCGAGGUGGAAAGCAUGCCGAGCGAUCAAGAGAGUCUAGACAUGCACGCUGACUUGGCUGUGGCUCCUGCCGACAUCCUGGGGAGGCCAGCUCAGUUGGAUGUGGAAAUAUUCGGCAUUUGCGGAGAAGAUGGCCAGGAAGGAGAGAUGGAAUCGAUCGCCACUCGGAUGGGUCUUUGA